ACUAGUAAAGUACCGCCUCUAUUUUCGGAUCAGAUGUCGGGGCUUGAAGUCGUUGGCACAGUUGCCAGCAUCAUUCAAAUCAUCGACAUUGGCGCCCGAGUCAUCAAACGCAUCAACGAUUACAGGGAGAAAGCAAACACGCUGCCUGGAACUUUCUACCAGAUUGGAGUCCAGCUUCCUAUUUUCAUCGAGGUGGUCCGCGACACAAAGCUUGCUAUAGACGAAAAUCGGCUGUCAGACACUGCUAGAAAGGCCCUUAAUCCUCUCAUUACAGAGUGUAAUUCGCAAAUACGCAUUUUGGACCUCAUAGUUCACAAGGUGCUUCCGCUCGAUGUCUAUUCUACGACAGAUAGGCUCCGCAAGGCCUACAGAAGCCUGAAAUAUGAGAGUGAAGUCGCCCAGGCAGAGACGACGCUCCGAAAAUAUAUCGAAGCAAUGUCGCAUCAACGCAUUGCUGCCUCGCGCAACGAAGGUGCUAUCGUUUCGGACCCUCCGAGGCCGUCCUUCGUCAACAAACCUUUCAACCGCGAUGCCGAUCACGUUCACAGGGCAGCCCUAGACUGGGUUAUUACUCAAACUCACAGGCCGAAUGGCACACCCAGGCUUGCGCUCGUUGGCUUAGGUGGCGUAGGAAAAUCCCAAAUCGCUCUCCAAUAUGCAUACAUAACCAAAGAGGUAAUGCCGGACGUGUGGAUUUUUUGGGCACGCGCGAGCAGCGUUGCAAGACUGGAAGCAGAUUUCAGGCAAAUUGCCAGAGCCCUACAUCUACCGGGCUGGGACGAAAAAGAUACUCAUAUCUUUCAAAGUGUAUACGAGUGGCUUAGCAACGAAGCGAAUGGAAGAUGGGUGAUGAUCAUCGACAACGCAGACGAUCCGUCAGUUUUGACUGCUCCACCACCGUGCGGUUCGACAGGAUUUGAGGAACCCAACGAUACCAAUAGUGUCAGCCAUAGCGCCACAGCUCAAAUAUGGGAUUUUCUUCCAACUUCGUCCCUUGGCACUAUUUUAAUGACAUCAAGAACCAAAGAGGUUGCAUUCGAUCUUACCGGAAAUCAUAAUCACUAUACCGAGGUGGAAGAGAUGACCCAAACGGAGGCCAUGGAGCUUCUAACAAAGAAGCUGAGAGGCGAAUUUGCAGAAUCCGACAAGUUACAAUUAAUCAAUCGCCUCGGAAACAUGCCGCUCGCCAUCUCGCAAGCAGCAGCUUACAUUAGUCGACGAUCGCCGCUCAUUACGAUUGCAGAUUACGUUGAGAAACUGGACAAAGGUGAUGAAGAUGCAGUCACAUUACUCACCGAGAGCACGACCGAAUCUCAUAGAGAAAGACAAAGGUCUCAUUCCAUCAUGAAGACGUGGCACUUGACUUUCCAGUACGUGCGCCGUGCCAGUCCUACUGCAGCUCGACUUCUUUCGCUAAUGUGCAUGUUCGAUCGACAGGGAAUUGAAAAAUCGAUUCUCAUAGGCCAGUACGAUGAAAAAUUAGAGAAAGAAGAAGAGAAGAGUGACCAACUAUCAACGAUAGGCCCUCGGAGAUUGUGGGCGAGAGUUCGCAAAGCCAUGCGUCGUUUGAAGAUCGACAACGACCAGAUCUAUGGACAAACUGUAUUUAGUGACACACCCUCGGCCUUUAUCGAUGACUGCGCGACGCUUUCCGACUUCUCUCUCGUAAAAGUUACUGCAGAUGGACAGGGCUUCGCAUUGCACCGUCUCGUUCAAUUUGCGACACAGAAGUGGCUUGAAAUACACCACGAGCUGGAAAGAUGGAGCGGAAAAUUUAUUGUGCUUUUAGAGAAAUAUUAUCCGAAGCCGGACUUCGACGGCUGGCAAGCGUGCCAGAAUCUCUUCCCUCACGCUAUGCGUGCGAUAAGAUGUAUGCCACCCGAUGUGGACAUCUUGCAUACAUGGUUGAUAUUGAUCUUGAAGGUGGCAUCGUUCGUACAAGAGAUUGGUUUAUGGACGGAGGCAGUAGAUUACAAUCGUUUGGCGAUAGGUUGGCUCGUAAAACUCCUCGGAUCCGAACAUGAGCAUACUCUCCAAGGCAUACAUCAGCUCGGCUCAGCAUUGAAUGCUCGGGGGGAUUUGGAAGAAUCAGAGACUUUGUUACGCCAGGCAUGGCUAGAUCGCCAAAGACUGUUCGGCCAGGAAAAUGAAGACGCACUUUCAAGCGCCCGAUCCUUACGUCUCAAUCUCAGGAAACAAGGAAAACUUGAGGAAGCUGUGGCUCUGGACGUUUUGACACGGAACAUCGCCAAGAGAAAACGGGCUGGUCGCGAUCAGUCUCGGGAAGCCCUACCCAAACCCCCUGAGGCAUUGGAUUUAACACUAAACGGCCAAUUCGCGGAAGCAGAAUUGAUUAGGCGCCAGACGUUGGACACAAGACAAAAACCUUGGAGCGAAGAGGCUCUUGGGGACAUUGAGAAUGUCGUAGAUCUGCUCACACUGCAAAGAAAAUACAGAGAAGCAGCAAGUUUACUCCGAGAAUCCCUGGCAAUCCAAACGAGAUCCAAUUCAGCCGACGAGGACAACAUCGCGGCAACGAAAGCAAAAUUAGCUUCUGUGUUGGCAUGCCAUGGACAUUACCUAGAAGCCGAACAACUACUGCGGCAACUGAUCGCUACUGCUCCGACCGUCCAAGCCAGCCUGAACCAACAAAAAGAGCUCACACAUUGGCAGGAGUACCUAGGCGCCGUGCUUGCCAGACAAGGCCAUUUCGCAGAAGCAGAAACGAUCGGAAAGCAAGCCCUCGACGCAACGGAAAAGAUACUAGGCAAAGUCGAUAAUCGAACGCUCAAUGCAGCGCACACGCUCGCGGAAAUCAUGCGUCUGCAAGGUCGGUACGACGAAGCUCUUGCUUUAUACAAACGCGCACAUCCGGUCGCGUAUCUGGACCGCCUCGAUACAGAUGUCAUUGCCUCACAUCUACACUGGAUGACGGAUUGCGUGAAUGAUAUUCGGAGCAUUGUAAAGACGGAGGGGGGAGAUGAGACUUGCUGGGAGCGAAUGAAUAAGGAUGACGCAUCUUUAGAAUUUACGUAUUUAGCAUAGAUAUAGUCGUUGCGACGUUUGAGCUGAUGUGAGGUUCUAGUUCUAGUUCUAGUUCUGGAUUCGCAAGACAGGAAAUGGACCUCAGGGGUCGUUCGUCUGCGAUGGCGUCAAAACCCACUACUUCCCACUCUAUCUCGAU